UGCACAGGCAUGUGCCGAACUGCUCCGAAUGACAAAACACUUGUAUAAAUUCCGCUAAAUAAUGUGACAAAGCGGGUACGAGAUAUCUCGUUAGUAGAGAUGCUCGUGUUGCGUUUUAGCUCACGCGAAAAGAAUCUCAUGAGCAGCAGCCUUUAAACAGCCUGCAAGCCUGCAACACGCAGCGCGAGCGACCGAAUUCGUUGAAAUUCGUUGCGCGUUUCGAUUGAUAAAGGAUCCCGCGCGUGUUUAUUGGCGGCCGACUCCGUUGAACAAAUUUCGUUCGACAAAUAAAACGAAUUGCCAUGGGUUCAACAAUCUGAAGUCAGUGACUGACACCAACUGACACUGAUGAAAAUUUGGAUAAACGCGUGCGCAGUGAGAAGAAAAACAAUUAACAAAUAACUCCGAGUCGAGUGGAGUCGAGUUCGAUGUUCGAUGCCGUCGCGCGGGAUUUGAUGUCCGACUUGCGUACCAAGGAUUCUGGCUGAUAAUUUUCUGCAAAAAACAUGUUGGAUGUCUAACGACCAAUCUCUAAAGCUACCUCUGAUAAGCGAUAGGUAUCUUUACUUUCUGAAUAUACACGUAACAUGUUUAUAAAAAAAUGUACAACAACGCCUGGCAGUCGAUGUGACUUCAACAAGCUCCAAAAUGAGCAAGAUGCGUGAGGCUGCGAUUGUUAAGACUAAAAAUUUAGGAAAUUAUCAACAAACUUUGAAAGCCCAUAGCAUAGAACAUAAGCAGCGUGUCACGAUGCCUUCCAAGGAAAUCAUACUACUCGGCCAAGGCGAUAGUAUAGAAGUCACGGUUAAAAAAACUAAAGGUCAAAAACGUACUUCGCCCGUAGCAAAUUUUAACUCUGAGCAGAAAGCUGAGAAGAAAAGAUCUACGAUUAAUGAUAAUAAGUCCCCACAAAAAUGGGGUAAUAUUUUUAGAGAGCAGAACUUAAUACAUAUGACAAAAGAACAGUCUACCAAACAUGAUGAAAAUAGAGAAGCAAAAAAGAAUACAAGUGCCAAAACACAACAGAGUACUGGAAAACAUCCCAUGAAAUCAGACGAAAAACAUUUAAAAACAUCACCGUGCUGUUCAAUAACUCUUGUUCGGGAUUGCGCUGUACAAUGUACAAUAUACAAUCCCGAAAUUCAUAAUUCCAAUAAACCUAUUGAAUUUAAUUCAGCACAUGUUGUAUUUAAUAAAUUACAUAUGUUGGGUUUAAUAAAACAGUUACAAGAUUCGGUUAAUAAAAAGGAUAAAAGAACCUGUGAAAUCUUUGCCGAAAUGGAACAAACAUUGCAGAAAAUACCGGAUCUAAAAUCUAGUGCGGUUCCAAAAGAGUCUAGUAAAGAGAUGAAGACCAUGUAUGAUCUGUUCAUGAUAGAACGAGAAAAAUUGCAAAGUGAACUUCAAAACCGAGAAGAAAAAUUAAAAAAAGCUAAUAAAACAUGUUCAGAGUUAGCAUUUAAUGCAGAUGUGCAAAGACAACAAUUGGAUACAGCAACUCGUGAAAAAAACGAUAUGACAUCAGUAAUAACUGAAUUAAGGCAACAUAUUAAAGACAAGGAAAGAAUAAUUACAGAUCUGAAUAACAAGCAAACAGAACUUGCACAAAAUUACGUUGAUAGUAAAUUAGAGAUAGAUAAACUUACAGCGUUAUCUUCUUGUAAAGAUACACUAAUUACUGAAUACCGAAGUACAAUAACAGAGCUACAAAAUCAGAUUGCAAAUCAAUUAAAAAUCCUAAAUGAAAUCUGUAUGAAAGAAGGAAGCACAAGUCCUCAAAUGUCAUUUAUCCAUACAGGGCAUGCAUGUUCGUCUCCUACUUCAACUGAUGAUUCUAGUCAAUCUUUGGAUGAUAUAUCAGUUUCUUCAGUAAAUUCCGUUUGCGAAGAGCACGCUCGAAGAAAAGAUGCACCUGUUGAAGAUCCUGAACUUGUUAGCUUACUUGAUGGAGAAUCAUCACAUACUAUAAUGCCGGAUCAAAAUGAAGUUACGAAUGCUAAAAGAUCAGCAAUGCAAAAUAAUACUGUUCGUUAUCAAAAUAUGGACACGAACAAUAUGAUCGGGAAAAAAUCCUUGCGUCAUUCCUCAAAGAAGGGUCGCAAUAAAGAAAAUGAUACAUACAAGACGAGAAAAUUUGCAAAACCUAAGGAAAAACAAAAUGAUAACAUCAGAAAAUUGUAUCUUAAUACAUCGAAAGCUCUUGAAAGCAUUACGUCUACCAAAUCAACAAUUUCUGGCAUAAGAAAGCAAGGUGAUGUGCAAAAUAGGAAACCUGUUAAUAUACCUAGUCCAUUACGGAACUGUCCACAUCCUGAUUGGAGCGACAGCAGUUUACCCAGUAUUAGUACGGUCUCCAACUUGGACAUGAUGAUCCCAAACGAUGUUUAAUUAUACACUUUGAAUGAUGGUGGAUUCUCCAUUGGAUUCUCAAACAUCCCAUGUAGGAAUCUAGGAAUUAUUGACAUAAUUCCACUAAUUGACUGAAUAUAUAUAUUAUAUCUUGUUGCUAAACUGUGAUAAAUGUCAUAAUGCACAUUUUACUUGAUCGACAUCUACGAAAGCUAACGCGAUACACAUUAAAUAAAAUUGCUUGGUAAUCGCGAUAUUUUAAAGAUAUGUUAACAUGUUAUAAACACAUAAUUUACACAUACAUUCCUAUCAAAACAAAAUAUAUAUCUUGCACAAAUAUUGCAAGUUUUCACGUUGUUUUAUAUUGUUUAACGCUAAGACAUAAAUUCAAUAAGAUUGUAAAACCCAAAUUGUAAAAAUAGAAAGUCAAAAAUAUAUUUUUCUGUAAAUAUAUAAAACUUUUAUUUGCAAAUUCGCUUGUAGUUCUCACGGUAUCAAGAUUUUGACAUAUAACCUGUAUCAUUACGAAUUAACUAUGCAUAUAAUAUGUUUCAACAUAUACAUUUGCUUUACGGAGAACAGGUCACGAAUAUAAAUUUUACGCACACAAGAGAACAAGAUGUGUAUAUAUAUAGAUAUAUAUAUAUAUUUUUUAUCACAUAUGUAUAUAUACAAGUAAAGUAUAAUACUUAUAAUAUUUUGUAAGUCUUAAUAGGAUUAAAAGGGAACAUUUUGAUACACGUAAAACAUUCAUCAGCUUUGCAUGAAGACGUCUUGAAAUACAUUUUAUAUUCGUGUUUUCCAGUAAGCGUGUGGUAUGUAAAUUUUUCUUCUGCAAUGUAAACAUUUGUUUUUUUCUCCCUUUUGACGGCUACUAAUGAUAAAGAAUUUUCUAACGACUAAUAACAUUACGAACACAGUCCCAACGAUUCGACGCGCGUAAAAUGAGUAACGAUAAACAUCGAAACGAAAAAGACUGUCUUCGCGGUUUUUUUAUCUUUUUCUUCUUUUUUUUAUCAUUCAGAUGAGAGUGUAGUGAUAAUGUUCAAAAAGUCUUUUUAUUUUAUAUUCGUGCUCUCUCACAAGGGAAUUUUCCUCGAUUUAUUUAUCUUUUUUUUUUCUUUCUACAUUUUGUUACAUAAUAUACCUAAGGACGUACCGUAGGUUGGUUUUACAAAAUAGUUAAUCACAAGUGUUUCGCAAACAGUCGUUCAAUUUUGAUUAUUAAUUUCAGGCUCGACUCGACGCAUCGCGUCAUUAGCCUCGUUCUCAUUCUCGUUCUCCCGCAUCUUGUAGAUUCGACAUCGAAUCCUUCCUUUCCUAUCGUUUCACCAAAAGCAGUCCCAAUUUGGCGACGUCCCGUUCCGCGCUUGAAGAAAAUUCCGUCGCGAUUUGGCGAAUCGAGAAUAUCCAAGUUCCCUCCUUUCGGAUACGUAUACUUUCACGUAUAUACAACUAAGUACUGCUGUCUUUUAUUAUUAGAGACGUUCUCUUUAAGAAAAAAAAAAGAAAAAAAUAUGUGAAUUUGAUUCGUCGUGUCUGCCUUACAAUGUCAAACCUGGCAUGUGUAGGCCGCGUCAAAAGUCUCACGCGCAUUUCUCCUCCCAGAAGAUUUUCCAUCAAUACUCUCAAUUGAUCGAAACCAUUUGCGUCAUCGAUAUAAAAUCUGUAGGCGUGCCUCGAAUUGCACCUGAGAUUACAUCGAUAAAACAAAAUUCGUUAAUCGAUCAAAGGAUGAGAUUUUAUAAUUUAUUUUUAUAUCAAACAUCGUCGGCUCGAAGGUAACCCGAAACUCCUUAUAACUCGCAACGUCAAUAAUUUUUCAUAUAAUUUCAUAAAACUUCAUAUUCAGAUUUGGGGAGUUUGUAACCGUAAAGAGAUCGCGGGACUUCAACACAGCCUGUACAGAAGAAUAAUGUUAAAAUUAAAUUUGAUGGCGACUAUAAUAAAAAACCGUACAGUGUUCCGUCGAUGAGAAACCGACAGGACGCUCGAUCAGCUGAUAACAAUGAUGACGUUGCUGAUGGAAUGACAUGUUGUGUACGCAAAUGUUUACCACAUAACGACCUGAUACUGGCUAACUUUUGUCUCUCGGCGCGUUUGCCGGGAGUUGGUUUCGUCGACAGAAAUUGGACAGGAUGCGACUUUUGAUUUUGCACGCUUGAUUGAAUUCCGCGAAAAUUCGAUCAAAGAAAAGAACGGCAUUGCGCCUAAAGUUAUGCAACUAUCACAUCUUCGACCACGUGGCUUUCGUUUGUCCACGUCGAAACUCGCGUAUUCAGGGAUUACUCGGAGAAACGCAAUUCGCGGCUUUAUCCGACAUUCAUUACACGAAAUAGUAAUAUCGAAGGUUGUCGCGGAAUCACGUCGAUAUAGACUUUCUUUUUCUCGUAUACGUACAUACAAUCCAGAAGAUAAUGGCGGAGAGAAAAAUAUUUCAUACACAGUAUUCGGUAUGGUGGAAACCUUUGCGUAGAUGUAUACAUAUGUUUGUGUGUGUGUGUGUGUGUGUUUGUGUGAGAGUUCGUAUAUCUACCAUUUUUAAUAAAUACAUAUGUACAAUAUGUGUGUCGGUCGUGAAGGUAAACGCCGCGGCGGCGGCGUUCGCAAUUCGCUUUUGGUACUAUCUGCUUCUUCUCCCUUCCUUUUGAUUUCUUCGCUUCGAAACAGCAUAAAUCUGGAUAGCCGGAGUUAAUUGGCGUCAAUGUACAAUCGGACGCUGCGACAACGGACGAAUGGAACGCUAACUAUUUGUUUGGACAGGCCAGCUCGUUUUCAUAAUUUCGGAGAAGAAAUUAACACUUUCGAGAUCUUCUUUUCCUGCGGGAUUAUUAACGAUCGUAAAACGCGUCGUCGCGCACGGUAUAAUAUCACUAACAUAUGUAUACGUAUCGUAUAAUGCGUAUAUUACAGUAGACGAUCAUUCGUGUAGAAAUCGUAAAAUUGUGAGUCGAUUAAAAUGAAUCUAGCCGACUUUAAUAUCCUAAUUAAUAGUCUCAACUAUAAUUAUACGCCCAAAUAUAGCUCAGAUAUCGGAAGUGAUAGUGGGCUGUUGUAAAAAUAAAAAUUUAACAUUUGUCAUCUUGAGGUUGCAUGUAUGGAAGGACAUGUUUUAUUGUUUUAUUGUACGUUAUAUACUGCUUUGUUCGGUGUAAAAAUAUAAAGCAUUUCGAUUACAGACUUCAUACGUAUGGGCAUUGCCAUUGUUACGGAGUAAUCGGCGACUAUUACGAUAACUUGUCUCACACUUUCUUGUAACUCUUUUCUUCCUCGAUGUAGGAUU